CGUGAAUCACCCGUCACUAUCUGAAACCCGUGCAACCCGACUCUUAAGUCUCACGGAAGACAUGCAAAUAUGAGCUGAAACUUUACACACGGGAAGUAGCUUUUAGGUUUCAGUAGUAAGUUUGUUUGUUUGUUUGUUUGUUUGAAGUCGAGUGUGCCCCUGAGGUAAUAACACACGAGCUCGUCAAGGCAGAAAUGCCGCGCGACGCAGCGGAAUGCGCGACUUUGUGCAACUUUGUUUCCAGCUCGCGCCGCUCAGAUGUUGACACAUCGACGUCGUGAGACUUAACGACUUCCUAUAGAGUCGCGGUCGAUUGUGACCCGGCUGUGGGGCUGUAAUAGUGAGCAGUGUGCAGCCGUGUGCAUGCAAGAGAGUCGACUUUGCUCCGGGUUGGAUCGGUUUUCUGCGUCACUCAGCCCUGUCACCCGAACCUGAAGACAUAAACACCACCAGAAGGCAAGGCGACAUUGCGGCGAUAACAGAAAUCUUGCCUGAGGGAUGACAAACCGCUUAGCUGUUUACAGCAUAACUAGUUUGGAGAAGAGGAGAACAGGCAAGGGAGGAAGUGCAAUUCAUGUUCUCUUCCCUCUUCUGCGUGGCGUCUACAUACUAAGGCGCUCUGACGAAGGCAGUCAGACUUGUAGAGCAGUGGGGUUUUUUUUCAGUUGGUGUGUACUGAUGAUCAUUUCUGCACACCCUUUUGUAAUUUUGCAAUCUCAACAUGAGCCUCUCUCCUCAUCAGAGAGGGAACGUUAAUAAUCUGGGCAAGCAGAAUAUUGAAGGCAUCGAGGAACUGGCGCAACAUUCAGGGGAGGUCUUCUACAACGCCGGGGGUCCGUCGUUAGAGCAAACGAACAGCAGUGCCGGAGGAAGGACGGACCCCAGUUUUGAUCUCCAAAGCUCAGCUAUUUUUAAACCUGACAAAGGCUAUCAAGUAUGGAGUCAUUUUCAGCAAUCAGGUCCAAUGAAAUGGGUGUCUCAAGAGCCAGUUCAUUCCUCCACUUGGUUUCCAGGCCUACCAAAUUCAACUAAACUGCCCCAGAACUUUGGACCUUCUCUGACUGGAAUGGAGGAUGCACGAGGACAUCAAGCUUUACCCAAGACCAAUCACGACCUGGACUCCUUGCAGCAAGAGAAAAUGUCUGCAGGCUCCUCUGUGCCCUACGCCGAACCAACACAAGCUCUGGCACCAGGAUUGGAAUGGGACUCUCAUGCUAUGGCAGCCAUGCAUCAUCCCCAGUUCCAGGCUCAUCAGCAUGGCCACAAGCCAGGAGACCCACAGUAUCAGCCUCACGCCAUGCGUCACUCCAUGCCCGACUCUACUCUACAGCCCUUUCAGGUGGCGUUUGGACCUAACAAGCAACUUCAGACCUCGGGUUUCUUUCAGUCUUUCCAAGGAAACAGCGCACCACAGAAUCUGGGUUACAGCGAACCACCAAAAUCACAACAGCAGCAGCAGCAACAGCAGCAGCUCUUGCAGUUACAACAGCAACAGCAGCAGAUGCAGCAAAUGUUGCAACAGCAGCAACAACAACGAUUACUCCAAAUUCAACAGCAGUACCAACAUCAGCAGAAAAUGCAGGAACAGCUGCAGCAGAUGCAGCAGCAGCAUCAACUGCACCAGAUGCAAAACAUGCUACAACCAGAAUCAUGUUCUUCACAGCCACUUCAGCAAGACCAGCGACUGGCCAGACCACCACAGCAACCAGACAACAGUCAAGUCAAAGCAAGUUCUUGUACGUUGCCUCAUCAAAGACAGGAUCCAAGUCCACAGUCACCAGUGAACAAAGAUCCAGGUCUUGGUCAAGCAAUUCAGGAGAUGCAAGAAACCGAAGGCAAACCUGAGGCUCUCCCUCGGCGCUCCAGAAGGCUCUCGAAGGACGGCAUCUCCCCUCCAGUCAACCCGCCAGCGAAGGAACCGGCCCGUAACGGAGGCAUCGCCGGUGUUCCAGGACCCUCAGUAGGGGUUAUCCAUAGCACACAGAGAAGGAGGAGGACAUCCAAAGAGAUCAACCUCGAGACUCUGGCGCAGAAGGCUUCGGAGAUGGAGUUUUUGCCUGCAAAGCAGCGUGAUGAGAGCACGUCUAGCAGACAGACAGGAAUGCCUCCUCUAGUGAUCCCCGUGUCUGUACCUGUUCGGAAGAAUCAGGUCCAGGUAGAGCAGACAGGCGGCUGGACGCGUGAGCAGAGGCUUCCUCCAGAGAGUACGCAACAGUCCGAGCACAAGCCCUCUGUUAUCGUGACACGCCGCCGCUCAUUAAGGGCUUCUGACAGUUUCAACCAGGAGGAUGCAAUGGAGGACGGAAGAUCCCCGGACAAGAUAAAGCGUCGCCCUAGACCCGAGCCCCUGGUCAUCCCUCCACCCAGACCAUGCACGUUCAUCGCCCCCUCCGUCUACUCCAGCAUCUCGCCCUUCCAGAGCCACCUGCGCUCCCCUAUACGCCUGCUGGACAACCCUCUGACUCUGCCACCGUACACUCCUCCACCCAUCCUGUCGCCUGUGCGCGAGGGCUCGGGACUUUACUUCUCUACAUUCCUGUCCUCAAUAGCAGCCGGGAAUCAGGGCUUGCCUCCACCGCCAACCCCCAAAACCGCCUCCAGGAGCCUCCUGCGCUCAACCAGUUCUGAUAUUACUCCUCCAAUGCUCCCUCUGAUCGGAGAGGCCACCCCCGUCAGCUUAGAACCGCGAAUAAACAUCGGCUCUCAGUACCAGGCAGAGAUUCCUGAGCUCCAGGUGCCAUCGCUGGUUGAACAGGAUCAGCACAAAGCUACUCUGGUGUGGCUCCCGCUGCCACAGGCGGAAACUUCUCCUUCCCAGGAUGAGACAGUGGAUAAUCUGAUGCACCUGGCCUGCUCCAGUGUGCUGCAUGGAGGAGGAACCAACGUGGAGCUCAUGCACCACUGCCUUCAUGAGAACGGAGGUGAUGUCAUGAAAACUCUGGAAGUCUUGUUGCUGAAGAAACCUAUUUUCCCCAAGGAUCACCACCUUUCUAACUACCACUACGCAGGGUCAGACUGCUGGACUGUGGAUGAAAAGCGCUACUUCAAUAAAGGGAUCUCUGCUUACAGGAAGGACUUCUUUUUAGUGCAGAAAGUGGUGCAGAGUAAAACACUGGCACAGUGUGUGGAAUUUUAUUACACCUAUAAGAAACAGGUGAAGGUCGGGCGCAGUGGAACGCUGAUCUACGGCCCUCCGGAUCCAGAAGAGCGCGUCCCUGAGAUCCCACAGAUCAAACAAGAGCAGCCGGAAGCAGUCGAGGAGAGCAAACACAAGGCAGAGCACGAAGACGCCGGCUCUGACCACCUCCGAAACGUGACGAAGACUCUUCAGGUCAGUGAGAAUGAGGGGAAAGUGUUGGUGCUGAGCAACCCAAAGGUCGUCUCUUUGGAUGAGGUAACCGCACUGAGGCAGGAAACACGGACUCCUCCUUUCUUUGCUCCGAAACCACGUGAGAGUGCAGGGAGGAGAAGCACUCCGUCAAAUGCACCUAAGAGUCAGGGAGAACCCGAGGGCGUAUUUCCCUGCAAGAAGUGCAGCAGGGUGUUCUACAAAGUAAAAAGCCGCAGCGCGCACAUGAAGAGCCACGCCGAGCAGGAGAAGAAAGCAGCGGCUCAGCGACAGAGAGAGGAAGAGGAGCGGCUGGCGGCGUUGGCCAGGCUCAAGGCAGCAGAGACGGAGAGGUUUGAGGAUGAUAGCGAAGCUGAGGAGUACAUGAUCGAGCCAGACAAUGAGAGAGACGAUGACUGGCGAUGAGAAUUUUUUUUUUUUUUUUCCAGAAGGGGCGACACUUAUUUAGCCAAAUCUUUUCCAAAUCCAGUGGACUGUUUAUUACACACAAUAACCAAAGGGAUGGCGUGAAUGUAAUAUUAGGUUUUGUUGUUUUUAGGGUGUUGUGAUAUGUAAUACAUGCUGUAACAACAUAGCAAUUUAACAUGAAUAAUGUGUUCUCAUUAAGAAGUCUGAAUGUAGAUUGAACACAGACUCCAUGACCUCCGCUCACUGUCUAUCAUUUCCCUAUAAUAUAGCAAAUUUUAGAGCACCUUUUGUAAUAAUUUAGGGAAUAUUUUCUAUGAAUGUCUGAUUUAUAUAACUUUACAUAUAUUAUGUUAAAUAAUAUGUUUUUAAUGUAACUCUUUAAAAUUGAUUAUUAAAAAAAAGGAUUGUUCAGGCUAAAAGACAAAUAAGAAAUUUCAAUCAAGGAAAUUGUAUUUUGUACAAUUGUAUUGUAUUAUCAGCUCAAGGAUACACUAUUAUUUUGAUCUUUAUUCCACAAAACUAAGGGUAAUUUUCAAUCGGAUGUAUUUUGUAUAUGAAAAGUAUAAAUUGUAGAAAAUAUA